UAAUACAGCACCACGUAGCAAGUUAUCCGCCCAUUUCCCUCUCGCCUUCUCAGCGGCGGGAAUGCUCUGAGCUAAACAUGGCGGCUGCCUCUCUCUCCGCUACUUCUCUAUCCUACUUCUCUCUUCGCUGCCAGGCUCGAACGCCCAACCCUAAACGAGUGUUAACGAACACCAGAAGAAGAAAAUCCAACCACCGCACUCUCAAGUCCGGUGAAUUCCGGCCGCCAACGCCGCUCUCUACCUCCGCCGGUGACACCGCUACCACUUACACUCGACUACCUCCGAAAGAAGACUUCUGCGUCUCGCCUCCCCGUAAUUCGGAGGAAAUCAGGCUCUACGAGUCCAGCAUUCCGUUCGAAGUGAAAGAAUUCCGUUCAGAGGAAGAUGCCGAAUUCUCGGAAAUUGAUGAAAGUGAGGAGAAUUCAGGGUUUGAUUAUGGUAAGUUUGAGUUGUAUGAAGUUGAUUCAGAGAAUGAGUUUGAUGGAAGUGAUGAUGAGGAUGAUGACGACAACGACGACGUAGUCAUAGGUUUUGGGGAUGGGGUGUUUGAAGGGGAAGGGGCGGAAGUGAAGGAGAAGGAGAAGGGCGUGCCGGCGGUGAUGAGGUGUUUCGAUAGAGCGAAGAUAUAUGUGAAAGCUGGGGAUGGAGGGAACGGCGUGGUGGCGUUUCGGAGAGAGAAGUUUGUGCCAUUGGGAGGGCCAGCAGGAGGAGAUGGAGGGAGGGGAGGGUGUGUUUAUGUGGAGGUAGAUGGUUCCAUGAAUUCGUUAUUGCCUUUUAGGCAGACUGUACAUUUUAGAGCUGGGAGGGGAGGCCAUGGCCUGGGAAAGAAGCAGUUUGGUGCCAAGGGUGAGGAUGUGGUGGUAAAGGUGCCGCCCGGGACGGUUGUUAGGGAGUCUGGUAAUGGUGGAGAGCAAGGAAAUGUGCUUUUGGAGUUGUUGCAUCCGGGGCAGAGGGCAUUGUUGCUGCGUGGAGGGAGAGGUGGGAGAGGGAAUGCUUCGUUUAAGACUGGGGUGAAUAAGGCGCCCAGGAUAGCAGAGAAUGGAGAAGAAGGUCCAGAGAUGUGGUUGGAAUUGGAGCUUAAGUUGGUUGCGGAUGUUGGAAUUGUGGGAGCUCCAAAUGCCGGGAAAAGUACUUAUCUCAGCGUUAUUAGUGCGGCUCAGCCUACUAUUGCAAAUUACCCCUUCACCACUUUGCUCCCAAAUUUGGGCGUGGUUUCAUUUGAUUAUGAUUCUACAAUGGUCGUAGCCGAUUUGCCUGGUUUACUUGAAGGGGCACAUCGAGGUUUUGGUUUAGGUCAUGAAUUUCUUCGUCACUCUGAAAGAUGUUCAGUUCUGGUGCAUGUUGUUGAUGGGUCAUCUGAACAGCCAGAAUAUGAGUUUGACGCUGUUCGUCUUGAGUUGGAAAUGUUUAGUCCUGAGCUUGCUGAGAAGCCUUGUUUAGUUGUGUACAACAAAAUGGAUCUUCCAGAAGCAUCUGAAAAUUGGCUAUCCUUCAGGGACAGCCUGCAAAGCCGUGGGUAUGAGCCUUUUUGCAUGAGUGCAGUGAAGAAAGACGGUACACAUGAAGUGAUAUGCGCUGCAUAUGAGCUUGUUCGCAGGAGAAGAACUGCUGCUGAGGAAGAAGAUGCAGUAGGUCCAGAAAAUUUGAACUAUGUGGCUGAUACAUUGCAAAAAGAGAAAAAUGCUCCAAUAACUGAAUUUGAGAUAUCUCACGAUGAUGCUUCCAAUACAUGGCAUGUUGUGGGAUCAGGCCUGCAGCGUUUUAUCCAAAUGACAAACUGGAGAUAUAUAGAUUCUGAGAGAAGAUUUCAACAUGUUCUGGAGGCAAGUGGUGUAAAUAAAUCUCUCAUAAAACUUGGUGUAAAGGAAGGCGACACUGUCAUUGUUGGGGAUAUGGAGAUGGUAUGGAAUGAUGGCCCAAGCAACUCAGGUCCUACAAGUAGGAGGAAGUGGGCGACUGAACGGAUUCAGUGACUUUCAUGCUCGCCAUUUCCUAACCCAUUUUAGUCUAAGUUGUUCGUUUAAAGGCAUAACUUGUGAAGGUUUGGUCAUGCCUACCACUAAGAAUCAAUCCGCAAAAUGGUGAACUCAAUCACGGUUCCAGCUGCAAUUUGGUAUCUUCGUGACGGAUGUUCUUUGAAACAGUCGUGCAUGGGCGGACAGGACAAAUGAGUAGUCCAGUGAGUUCACUAUAACCAUAUCUCUGUUUGAUACAGUAUUUAUAGCUAUAGUUGUAAUUUUUUAUUUUUUAUUUUAAUAAUAAAAGCUUUGAAGAAUAUUCCAUUUCAUUGUGUUACUUGGUAUGGGAUGACAAUUUUUUCCUGUUUGAA